GAAAAUGAAAAUCUUUUCUGAGUCUCAUAAAACUGUUUUUGUUGUGGAUCACUGCCCAUAUAUGGCAGAAUCCUGUAGACAACAUGUUGAAUUUGAUAUGUUAGUAAAGAAUCGGACCCAAGGAAUUAUACCUCUAGCACCCAUAUCAAAAUCACUAUGGACCUGUUCAGUGGAAUCAUCCAUGGAGUACUGUAGAAUAAUGUAUGAUAUUUUUCCUUUCAAAAAACUGGUGAAUUUCAUUGUGAGUGAUUCUGGGGCUCAUGUCUUGAAUUCUUGGACCCAAGAAGAUCAGAACUUGCAGGAGCUGAUGGCAGCAUUAGCAGCUGUUGGGCCACCUAAUCCUAGGGCAGAUCCAGAAUGCUGCAGCAUACUUCAUGGUCUGGUUGCAGCAGUAGAAGCACUCUGCAAAAUUACAGAAUACCAACAUGAGGCUCGAACUAUGCUCAUGGAGAAUGCGGAACGUGUUGGAAACAGAGGAAGAAUAAUCUGUAUUACUAAUGCAAAAAGUGACAGUCAUGUUCGGAUGCUUGAGGACUGUGUUCAGGAAACCAUUCAUGAGCACAACAAGCUUGCAGCUAAUUCAGAUCAUCUAAUGCAGAUUCAGAAAUGUGAACUGGUCUUAAUCCACACUUACCCAGUUGGUGAAGACAGCCUUGUUUCAGAUCGUCCUAAGAAAGAGCUUUCACCUGUUUUAACCAGUGAAGUACAUAGUGUCCGUGCUGGGCGUCAUCUGGCUACAAAACUGAAUGUUUUAGUACAGCAGCACUUUGAUCUGGCUUCAACCACAAUAACCAAUAUCCCUAUGAAGGAAGAACAACAUGCCAACACAUCAGCCAACUAUGAUGUGGAGCUUCUUCAUCACAAAGAGGCACACGUUGACUUUUUAAAGAGUGGUGAUAAUCAUACAGGUGGCAAUAGCAGAGAAGGCACAUUUAAAGAAACUGUAACAUUAAAAUGGUGUACUCCUCGAACAAAUAGUGUUGAGUUACACUAUUGCACUGGAGCGUACAGAAUUUCCCCUGUAGAUGUAAAUAGCAGACCUUCUUCAUGCCUUACUAACUUUCUCCUUAAUGGUCGUUCUGUUUUAUUGGAACAACCACGGAAAUCUGGCUCUAAAGUAAUUAGUCACAUGCUCAGCAGCCAUGGAGGAGAAAUUUUUCUGCAUGUCUUAAGCAGCUCACGAUCAAUUCUAGAAGAUCCCCCAUCAAUUAGUGAAGGGUGUGGUGGAAGAGUCACAGACUACAGGAUUACAGAUUUUGGUGAAUUUAUGAGGGAAAACCGAUUAACUCCUUUUCUAGAGCCCAGAUAUAAGAUCGAUGGAAGUCUUGAAAUUCCAUUGGAACGUGCAAAAGAUCAGUUAGAGAAACAUACUCGCUACUGGCCUAUGAUUAUUUCUCAGACUACCAUAUUCAACAUGCAAGCUGUAGUGCCAUUAGCCAGUGUGAUUGUAAAAGAUGCAAUGACAGAUGAGGAUGUUCUGAACUGUCAAAAAACAAUAUACAAUUUAGUAGAUAUGGAGAGGAAAAAUGAUCCGCUGCCGAUUUCAACAGUUGGCACCAGGGGAAAGGGUCCAAAAAGAGACGAACAGUACCGGAUUAUGUGGAAUGAAUUGGAGACCCUUGUGCGAGCACACAUAAACAACUCUGAUAAACAUCAGCGAGUCUUAGAAUGUUUGAUGGCUUGCAGAAGCAAACCCCCAGAAGAAGAAGAGCGCAAGAAAAGAGGUAGAAAGAGAGAAGAAAAAGAGGACAAGUCAGAAAAGUCAGGAAAAGACUAUGAACCAGAUAAGCCAUGGCAAGAAUCAGAAAGACUAAAAAGUCUUUUGGAUCGUGAAAAGGAAGAACUGGCAGAAGCUGAAGUUAUAAAAGAUUCCCCUGAUUCUCCUGAACCACCCAACAAAAAGCCUCUUAUUACAAUGGAUGAAAUGCCCACAGUGGAAAAGGCAAAAGGGCCAAUGUCCUUGCUGUCUUUGUGGAGCAACAGGAUUAAUACUGCCAAUUCUAGGAAACAUCAAGAAUUUAUUGGUCGUUUGAACUCUGUCAACAACAAAGCUGAGUUGUAUCAACAUCUGAAAGAAGAAAAUGGAAUGGAAACGACGGAAAAUGGAAAAGCAGGCCGGCAGUGA